AAUCGCAUCAUGUCCGGACGCGGAAAGCAGGGCGGCAAGGCGCGCGCCAAGGCCAAGACGCGGUCGUCGCGGGCCGGGCUGCAGUUCCCCGUGGGCCGCGUGCACCGCCUGCUCCGCAAGGGCAACUACGCGGAGCGGGUCGGGGCGGGCGCGCCCGUGUACCUGGCGGCCGUGCUGGAGUACCUGACGGCCGAGAUCCUGGAGCUGGCGGGCAACGCGGCCCGCGACAACAAGAAGACGCGCAUCAUCCCGCGCCACCUGCAGCUGGCCAUCCGCAACGACGAGGAGCUCAACAAGCUGCUGGGCAAGGUGACCAUCGCGCAGGGCGGCGUGCUGCCCAACAUCCAGGCCGUGCUGCUGCCCAAGAAGACCGAGAGCCACCACAAGGCCAAGGCUGCUGGAAAAUGGCUUUUACCGUGUUUCGUCAGUAGAUGUCGGCAAACACCCCAUAAGAGCGAAAUUAACCAACCAUUGAGAAGAUACAUUAAACGGACAAGUUAGCAACCAAGUGGAAACAAAAGGAGUUAGGUUUCAGGUAAUUAAGACAAUCGAUGUAGCAAGACCUGGAGGUUAAGACUAAUACAUUGUAUGCAAAGAGAAUGUUCUG